AUGGACCUCGCUUAUCAACAUCUGUGUGACUUUCCAUUGACAGUGAUAGACUUACCCCGAUGGAAGUUCCACAGUUCCUUAGAUGGUUUCACCUCCUCUGUUUUCGACAUAAUAGCAAAACAGGAAAGGGGAACUAAGAAUGAAGGUGGAGAAGCAGAAAAGUCACAUACCACAUUGAGCUUCAGGGGAAGAAGGAUACUAGACUAUUUUGUGUCCCUAGCAAGAACAUAUGAGCCUUAUACGUUCUUUCAAGCUCGGUUUGAUGAUACCAAUACAAGGAGUCUUAUUCAGGAGCUGUCAAUGGAAGAGAGAGAUAUGUUUGACUUCGAUAUCAAAAGCAUUAACUGGGAGCAUUACAUUGUGAACAUUCAUCUUCCAGGUCUCAAAAGAGAAUCUUUGAAGGAAAGAUCAAACUAA